AUGGCCGCUCCGCAGCCUCGCCGGCACCACGCCGCCUUUCUCCGCGGCAAGCCCCCGCCUCCCGCCAAUGGGAAGCCCGCCGCCGCCUCCUCCAAGCCCAAGUCUCCCGGCUCGCCUGCCAAGGCGCCGCCGCCGUCGACGUUGGAGGAGCGGACGGUGAAGCAGCUUAGGCUGGCCAAGGCGCUGACGCUCCCGGAGGCCACCGCGGUGUCCGAGGCGUGCAGGAGGAUGGCCUCCAGGCGCGCCGACGCCGCGCUGCUCACCGACGCCAAAGGGGUGCUCUCCGGCAUCGUCACGGCCGAGGACAUAUCGGGUCGAGUCAUAGCCCAUGGUCUCAGGCCUGACGCAACGAGUGUGGGAAAGGUGAUGACGAAGAACCCAGUUUUUGUCAUGUCCAAUUCGCCGGCCACCGAGGCACUGCAGAAGAUGGUCCAAGGCAAAUUCCGGCAUCUUCCUGUAGUGGAGCAUGGUGAGGUCAUUGCCAUAUUGGACAUUACCAAGUUCCUUUGCGAUGCCAUUUCUAGAAUGGAAAAGGCAGCAGAGCAAGGUAGUGCUAUAGCCGCUGCUAUGGAAGGGGUCGAACGGCAGUGGGGAAGUGAAUUUGCAGGUCCGCACACGUUAGUAGAAAAUCUUCGAGACCACAUGUUCAAACCUUCCCUGUCAAGUAUCAUAACUGAAAAUAGCAGUGUUCCAUCGGUAUCUCCUUCAGAUCUAGUAACUGUAGCUGCCAAAAAGAUGAGAGAGUACCGAGUUAACUCAGUGGUUGUCAUGACAGGGAACAUGCUGCAAGGCAUUCUCACUUCCAAGGAUUUGGUUUUGCGAGUAGUGGCACAAAAUCUGUCCCCAGAGGUGACUCUCGUAGAAAAGGUCAUGACUGCAAGUCCUGAUUGUGCUACAUUGGACACAUCAAUCCUCGAGGCUCUACAAUCAAUGCAAGAUAGAAAAUAUCGUCAUAUUCUUGUUGCGGACAAAAGAGGACAGAUUGUCGCCUGUUUGGACGCUUUAACGUUAACCCACACAGCCAUCUCCAUGGUCGAGGGAGCCUCUGGACCAAAAGAUGUGGCAAAUACCAUGGUUCAGAAAUUUUGGGAUUCAGCACUUGCCUUGCAUCCUUCAGAGGAGAAUGACUGGCAUAGUGACGAAUCUCGUACGGCAGCCUCAGAUAGUGCUGAAGGGAAGCAAACACCCCCUCAUGUUGGCAAUGCAUUCUCUUUCAAAAUUGAAGAUAAAAAAGGGCGGAUGCACAGAUUCAGUUGCGUUUCAGAAAGCUUAGAUGAGCUUGUGUCUGCUAUUGCAUACAGAUUAGGAACAGAAAACAAGAAGGCAAAUGUAAAUCUUCUGUACGAUGAUGAUGAAGAUGACAGAGUUCUUCUGGUUACCGAUGGUGAUCUCGUUGCAGCGAUUGAGCAUGCCAGAUCAGCCGGAUGGAAGGUUCUGAGGCUGCACAUGGACGACGGGUCAAAGAUCAGCGCAGAUUCCACACCAACGUCGUCUGUGGAUACCUCAGCAGCAAGGAGAGGCUGGCCGUCCCUCCGGCUAGGUAGAGUGGCCAGUGCAGCUGCUGUUGCCGGGGUCGGGGUAAUCGUCUACUUGAGAUGCUCUCGGCAAUGACUUCAAUAUACAUACCUCAGACGCAAAGAGCUCAACACUGUAUAGAUUUACUAGGCAGGAGGAGGAUCACACAAAUCACGGCGGCAAUAAGGCUCUUGCCAAGCCUCUACACUGAAAUUUUCUCCAGGGUUUGCAGUCAUUCUAAAAUGACUUCAGAGAGUGUUUCUUCUUCUUCUUCUUUAGUGAUCAAUUUCUGACAACAGGGGUGUAUGUUCAGUUGUUUUUUCUCUGACUUUAGUUCAUCCUGACGAACUAACAAUAACAUG